AAGCAGUAGAAGAAGAGUAGCGCGGCGUAUGAGAGGAACCCAAACAACUCUCUGUGGUUGUUUGUCCAGGUCAGUAAAAUCUGACAAAGCAAUGACAACCACCGCUGGUUGUGCAUAAAGCUGCUUGAAGAGAGAAAAUCACCGAACAGAGAAAACCGAGCGUCCGCCGGAUGACGGAGCGUCCCCAGGAUGGCAGGAGUGUUCGACAUCGACUUGGAGACUGAGGACAUCAGUGACACAGAGGAUGAUGUGUGUGACUUCACUGUCCCAGAACCAGAAAAUGCCCAGACGGAGGAGGUGGAGCUGACCAGUGAAAGUGUCAACAGGGACCGUGAGAGAGUCGGACCGGACUGCUUUGAGCUUCUUACUGUGCUGGGAAAAGGAGCUUAUGGCAAAGUUUUCCAAGUGAGGAAGGUUCAAGGGGCUCAGACAGGGAGAAUUUUUGCCAUGAAGGUCCUGAAAAAGGCAAAGAUAGUGUGCAACGCUAAAGACACGGCCCAUACGCGAGCAGAGCGAGAGAUCCUGGAGACGGUGAGGCACCCGUUCAUCGUAGAUCUGCUGUACGCCUUCCAGACGGGAGGAAAACUCUACCUCAUCCUGGAGUGUCUGAGCGGAGGAGAGUUGUUCAUGCAGCUGGAGAAGGAAGGCAUCUUCAUGGAGGACACUGCCUGCUUCUAUCUCGGAGAGAUCACUCUGGCCCUCGGUCACCUCCACUCUAACGGGAUUAUUUAUCGGGACCUGAAACCUGAAAACAUCAUGCUCAAUCACCAAGGACACAUCAAGCUGACUGACUUUGGGCUCUGCAAAGAAUCGAUUCACGAUGGAUCCGUCACACACACCUUCUGCGGCACCAUCGAGUACAUGGCUCCAGAGAUCCUGACCAGGUCGGGUCACAACAGAGCGGUGGACUGGUGGAGCCUCGGGGCGCUCAUGUACGAUAUGAUGACUGGAUCGCCUCCGUUCACGGCGGAAAACAGGAAGAAGACCAUCGAUAAGAUCUUGAAGUGUAAACUCAGCCUGCCGCCGUACCUGACAAUCGAUGCCAGAGACCUCGUCAAAAAGCUGUUGAAGAAAAACCCAGCCCAAAGACUUGGCUCCAGUAAAGCAGACUGUGCUGACAUCCAGAAACACGCCUUCUUUAAACACGUUAACUGGGACGACCUGCUGCAUAAGAGAGUGGAGCCGCCGUAUAAGCCACAGCUGCAGUCGGAUGAGGACGUGAGCCAGUUUGACACCAGGUUUACCAGACAGACGCCCGUGGACAGUCCGGAUGAUACUUCGCUCAGCCACAGCGCAGAGCUCGCCUUCGCUGGUUUCACAUACGUGGCUCCAUCGGUCCUCGAGAGUCUAAAGGAAGGCUUCUCAUUCGAACCCCGAGCGAGAAACGUACGCCGACACAACAGCAGCCCACGCACGCCCAUCAGUCCUUUAAAAUUUUCCCCCGCUGGGCCGUUCAAGUCCAGCCUCGACGGAGAGCCAGACCCUUUCUCUCCGAUGUCUCCACCGACAGCGGCAGCUCCGGUGCCGAAGGAAAACGGAGCCGCCAGUCAGCCAAUCAAAACCCCUGCGAGGAACAAGAAGCUGAAAGGACAUCGGAGAUGAGGAGGAGCUCCUCAAAGAACGAGCCUUGGUCAGAUUAACAUGUAGUUUAGUCGUGCUGAGGAACACGAGUUGGAGUGUUGUGGUUUUUCUUUAACUACGAGGCUCCCGAGAAGCCAAAAUCAUCCAUGGGAAGCCUUCAGUUUGCGUUUUUGUUUCAUUUGUAACUUUCAUCUCACCUCACAUUUAAAAAUAUAUAUAUUCGGAUACAGUGCUGCUGCUACUGUCCAGCACUUUUAUUUAUUUCUCAUUCUUUUCAAAGCUUUAGUUUACAGCCUCGGUAUAUCUGCAACUGUAUUUCUGUCACGCUGUGCCACUAAUCUCUGGGAAACAAAAGUCCCACUGGAAAGAGCUCAAUAGCCACUAAUUCUCCUCAACAAGGUCGGCUAAAUGACUGAUGGUAACAGAGUUUACCGUCUUGUAUGACCGCCGGUGUGAUCUCAGCAAAGGGAAGCUGGGAUAUAAAGUUUUGGGGGGUUUAAUUAGGUCAUCAGCUUUUAAUUAGUUCAUCAGAGUUUGGGCGAAGAGGUCGGCUAUCACAGGCUGACGUUUUAAUUAGCGGGCUGAUGAACGAUCACAUGAUCGAAGGUAGAAAUUGACCUUCAGCCAUCGUCGAGGCAGCAGGUUGGUAACUUCAGGCCAAAGCCGUAGGAUUGGGGCGGGUCAGACAUGAGAUGAUGUGUUUGUGAAUGUCUCCGAGUCUUUCUGAGCAGCUUCAUGUUCACUGCCAAAGGUGUUCACACACAUACUGUCCUCGUAUCUCACCGCAGUAGGGUGAAGUGCUUUAUUUAUUUGUAACCAAUCAUCAGAAAAUAAGAGCUUAGCAGUCAGUGCAAUGUACAGUCGAAGCAGUGUGCUAAACAUGGUGCUCUCAGACGACAAAGACCUUGUAUAAAAAUAAUAUUUUUGGGGUAACUGAACAAAAUAUUUUUACAUAUGAAUUGUAACAAAAGGUGUUUUUGGCUGUCGUGCUCAGAAAAACAGUAAUUCAGCACCGGAGGGGAUCACACAAGUUACAUGUUCAUCUGAUGUUACAGCUGUUUGAUUUCCCUCUUUUCUUUGAAAUAACAGGACAUCAGGAAAAUGACAAACCUGCGUGAGCAUUAAAGCUACUUAUUUUAAAGCUUUGUAAGUGUAAACACGCGCUGAGUCGAUGUCCAAAGCUGGUGUUAGAGAGAUCAGCUGAAGCUAAACAAAGGAUGGGCUGUACCUUCAUAUAAGCCAGUCUGUACCACGAAUUGGUGAAGUGAGUCACCAGGGAAGUCAUUAACAUAACAAGCACAGAUUAAAUGCCGCCCCCGUGUUGGGAAACGUAUAAAAAGUACCUUUAAGGAGCUCAGACAGCUCUUUAAAGCAGCCGAGCAGGAACUGCAAGCGCAAAUAUUUCAAACAAAUUAGGAAAAUAAAUGGAGAGUUUUAAACUGGACCUAUUCUGCUCUGUUAUAUCUAUAAACUCUUGAAAUGGUGAAUUAUUGUACCAAACAUCAUCUAAGUGUGAAAAAGUUUCACACAGUUCUUUCUACGCUUCAUGUCACAGACAUGGGAUAUACCUAAUAUGGUCAUAUUAUAAAAGCCCCGCCCAACUGGUGUUCAGACCAAUUAGAAUAAAGUCACCCUUAAAGGGGGAGGAUGAACUCAGAGGCUGAACAAAGGUCCACAAAAAGAUAAAUAAGGAUUAUUUUGAACUGUGAAUCAUGCAAAGCUACUCUGGUAGAGUCCAAGAAUAAAUAACUAUGGAGCAGAAUAAGUCCACUUUAAACUAUCGUCCUACUCCAGUAAGGUAUACAGGUGGACGCCUAACAGACUUGAUGUAUUUGUUUUCUGGAUCGUUGAUUCACUUUAACACUUCAGCCUGGUUUACCGCAGAGUCGAAUGUAUUUCACCAGCUGUAAAUUUUCCUUUGCACCUUCUAAAAAGCUAAAGUGAUCAGCGUUACAUCAGCAUAUGCUUUUGAAAGUUAUCAUAUGAAUAAAUGUAGAUACCAUGAAGUUAUUGCUGUAUUUCCAGCAUCUUCACUAACCCAGUUUUCUAUGUCAGUGCCAUGCAUGCUGAGUGGAGGAUGAAUACUAAAGAUUUUCUACCUCCUCGUCUUCUCAAGCACAUCUUAGCUGAGUGACAGUAUCUGUUUUGUACAGACUUUUGUGAUUAUCAGAGGAUGACUCUUAUUGACUCUAAUGUUUCGUUGUUUCUGCUCUAAUCUCACCACGAGAUUCACAUUUGAGGUUUUGAGGUAAAAUAACCUCCAUCUCAGGAUGAACUGCUCAGUGUUUGAUAACUUUUUGAUUCUGUAUUGUGAUGUGACCCACUGGUUAGCAAAGUCCUGCCUCACGCUUUGCUGUUGCUAUCUGAGAGAGUGGGGAGGGAGAGACUGAGGGCGACUGUAGGCUCGUACGCUCCGUCGUCCUUCUGGACUCUGUGUGUUCACAAAAGUAGCGUCACGUUCUUUCAAUGAAUUUAAAACAAGCGCGUGUGGCCGUAAACUCAUCGGCAAAGAGUUUGCAAAAGAACUCGGGUGAGACAGACGUGGACUUUUACACAAUCAGACGUCUUUCCACAGCCACAGGAGUCGCCCCCUACUGGACAAUAAAAGGGAUGCAGAUUUAAGGCUUUACUUUUUGUACCCAAAAGGUACAUCGAUCUUUAUAUACAGUCUAUGACUGAGUGCCACUAUAGAUAAAUAUAUCCAGCACUUUGGCUUGUGCACUACUAUCAGCCACGGUUCUGUUAUUUUUGCAGCGAUCAGGUAAGAAUGCUGAGCACUGUUAUCAUGUUAGCACUACCUCAAAGCUGCUGCACUGAAAAUUUGUGGUCUUAUUAAAAAAAAAAAAGUAGCCCAGGGAAAUUAACAUGGAAGCACCACAACGUGCAGUUCCUCUAAUGUCCACCAGAGGCUCCAGCAGUGAGUCAGUCCCCACAGACGCCCAUGUUAAAAUAUCCGUUUACAGCCUGCAACAAAAACACGGUUUAGGUCUCCAUGGCCAGUUUCCCCUUACAGAACAACUGUACACAAAGUGAAUUUCACUUGUUUAUAUCACAUUAAGGCCUAAAGUUUGCAUUAUUAGGGGUGUGGCCUCUUUGAAAAGAGCUGAAGCUGCUAUCGCUAACUAUCAUCGUGUCAGCUAACUGGAGUUCCUGACUGGAACUCUUUGUGGUGUUGGUUCCUUUUGGCGCAUUUUUGAAUGCGUUUCUCUAACAAACACGACUCGCUGUGCAGUCGUACCAAUCAUGGUCCAGGAAGUCGGUGUUUCAGCUUUGGGGGAAAUUCUUGUACUUUUUUAAGUCUGUCAUUUGCAUGAAUUGGCAGAUAUCUGAAUCCAUCAGUUUAUUGAUGCACAUUAAAUAAAGUAGCUGUAACUUGUCGCUCCACUCUCUCAUCCAGAUGUGGUCACUUCUGGCUCCCAAAAAAAAAAAAAUGGUAGAGGCCACAGUGCGCCUGAACAGAACUGAGCUGAUGGAGUUAAAUAAUGAUGGAUUUCAAGCUUGUAUGUUUUCUGUUUAUUCAUAUGAUUGAACUCUGUUAUUAUUAUUAUUUUUUAAUUAAUUAAUUUUGUCAAAGGGAAGAUUCCUGUGUUCACGCUCCUGUUCGCAGGAAACGAGCCCGGCAGUCCUCCUGCUCUCUCCUGCAGCCUUUCUUUCAUUAACACUGGACGCAGUCUGCAUGCACAGCCUGUGCUACAGCUGAGGAACUCUUCACACUGCAGCUUGUUACUGCAGCAGAACGGUGAUAAACAAACUCAUGAUAAAAUUUGCAUUUAGGCAGCAAAAACAAUCUUUGCUUUCAGUUUUUGUGUAUUUAUUUACAUAAUGAAUAAUUACAGUGUGAUACAGAGAUAUGUUGGUGUGAACAGGAGUCUGUGGAAUUUGAAAAUGUAUAUUGAAAAAUUGAAUUGAGGAAAACAGAAUUGAGUGGAUUAUACCUUAUUUUGUCAUAUUUGCUUAUGUUUUUUCUUUCGGUCGUGUGUUCUUUCUUCAAACUGAUGAAUGUGUUCAAAAUAAAAUGAGUUGCUGAGUUGUU